CUCGCGCGGUUAAGGGUGUUAUGGCAUCGAUCGACGUGCCUCUUAUACGAGAUUCGAGUGACGACCGGUAGUUUUCUGUUCUUUCUUUAUAUACAAACACACACGCACACAAACAUUUUCGCCUUUUCUUCGCUCUUGUAAUAUUCCUCCUUCACGUUCACUUUGCAAAAUGGCUCCGUCUGCUCUGGCCGCCCGUUUUGGAGAAUCAGUCACAAAAAGCGCCCUCCGGUCAUACCUCGCAGAGUUCAUCUCCACUUUCUUCUUCGUCAUUGCUGCCGUUGGCUCCGCCAUGUCUUCCCGGAAGAUGUUGCCGGACGCAAUGGAGGAACCGGCUGCUCUGGUGGUGGUGGCAGUUGCUAAUGCCUUUGCUCUAUCAUCUGCCAUUUACAUUGCUGGGAACAUUUCUGGUGGACACGUGAACCCCGCCGUCACAUUCGCCAUGGCAAUCGGAGGUCGUAUCAGUGUCCCGACAGCCAUCUUUUACUGGAUUUCGCAGAUGUUGGCUUCCAUCAUGGCUUGUAUCCUCUUGAAAGGCACAACUGCGGGACAGGCCGUUCCGAGCUUUGCGAUUUCACAAGAAAUGACUGGAUUUGGAUCGUCAAUCUUAGAGGGUGUCCUCACAUUUGCCUUGGUCUACACAGUCUAUGCAACCGGGGACCCAAGGAACAGUCCACUUGGAGCCACUGGGCCCAUCAUGGUCGGGUUUGUGGCUGGGGCGGGAGUCCUAGCCACGGGCCCCUUAACGGGUGGGUCCAUGAACCCAGCGUGCGCGUUUGGGUCAGCCCUCGUGGCAGGCAGUUUCAGGAACCAAGCGGUCUAUUGGAUAGGCCCACUGGUGGGAGCCAUGGCAGCGGGCCUCCUCUAUGACAAUGCUAUGAUCGCUUCUCAGGCACAAGAUCUUCCUCCUCCUGCUGUCAUCAGAGGAUUCUCAGAGGGUGUGAGGGCCUAAUUAGUGCUUGAUUGAAACUAAUUAGUACAUCUAACUAGCUACUAGUUGUUUGUAUGUGCGUCCUUUAUUUAGUUAUUUAAUCAUUUAUCGUUGAGUAAGUGCGUCGUCGAUGUUUAUGUUGUAGGCGUCAGACUUGUAGGUCAUGGGUGUCUUAGGUUAAUAUAUGGCUCAGCUUAAUGAUUUGCAUGUCGAAUGGUAUUAUUUUAAUUUGAUCAUUGGGUCUUCUUUUUA